GCAUUCCGAUGGCUCGAGGGCAUGCGCUGUAUGACCAAGGAGAAAUUGGCAAAAGCGUUAGCUGCAGCGCGCAACAACGGCUUUUGCACUUCCGCGGAUUCGGACGGAAAGGAGGCUUGGCUUCUUUUCCGCAAGCUGUCCGUGUUCAACCAUUCCUGUUGGCUGCAAGCCUA